CAUAACAAAAUUCAUUUGAAGAGACAAGAAAUUAAUGGAAAUCUUGAUUUCAAAUUGGUCAAAUGUUGAAUGUGUGCCUAAAAAAUAUAUUUUCCCACCAGAAAGAAGACCAGGAAAGCUUGAAUUUCCUGUUUGCCAUGAUAUACCACUCAUAGACUUUGCUCAUAAUCAUCCUGAUGAAAUAGUUCAACAAGUCAUUAGAGCAUGCCAAGAAUUUGGAAUAUUUCAGGUGAUAAACCAUGGAGUAUGUGAAAAUCUAAUGGAUGCUACAAUGAAUAUGUACAAGGAGUUCUUCAAAUUGCCUAGUGAAUACAAGGCAAAGUUUUAUUCAAAUGACAUCAACAAAAGCUGCAGGAUUUAUUCCAGCACAUUUGCAUAUGAUACUGAAGAAUUUCACUAUUGGAGAGAUAAUUUUACCCAUCGUUGCCAUCCUUUAGAGGAAUAUAUUCAGUCUUGGCCAGAUAAGCCCCCUAAAUAUCGAGAAGUGGUGAGUGAGUAUUCAAGAGAAACAAGGAAGCUACUUUACAAGAUUUUGGACAUGAUAUGCAAAGGAUUAGGACUAGAAAAAGGUUACUUUGAAGGUGAAGUGAGUAAAACACAUUUGUUAUCUGUGAAUCAUCAUAUCCCAUGUCCAAAUCCAAGUUUGACACUAGGUAUGCCAGUACAUUCUGAUCCAAAUCUCAUAACAUUGCUUCAACAAUGUGAUGUUCCUGGACUUCAAAUACUUAAAGAUGGUCAAUGGAUUGGUGUUCACCAUGUUCCUCAUUCUCUAAUUGUUAUUCCUGGUAUACAAUUGAAGGUAAUGAGCAAUGACAAGUUCAUAACUCCGGUUCAUCGCGUGGUCACACACCGGCUAGAGGCUCGAACCACAAUUGGUGUAUUUCUGGGUCCAUCGCCCGAGUUUUUAAUAAAACCGGCCACUGCUUUGGUUCGCACUGAACCGGCCGAGUUUAGAGCCUUUACUUAUCCAGAGUUCUUUAAAGUAUUUAAUGGUGGGGCUAAUAAAUCAGAUGCACAACUUACACUCAACCAUUUUAGAGACAAACAUUAGACUAAGUAUGUGAAGAAAAGAAAAAGAUUGUUGUAAAAAUAUAAAUGUAUGGUUAGCUAGUGGUACUAUGGUCACAUAAUUGGAGAAAUUUGUGUAGAAAAACAUGUUAUGUAUGGUUUGGUUUUGUACCUUAAUUUACCUUGUCAAUUGUAGAAAAUUGUACCUCAAAGAAGAGCCAUCCUUUAGGUUGUGUUGAGUAAUGGCUCAUGUAAAUUCAUG